AUGGAUAAUUUAGUUAAUCUAUCAGAUAUGAAAGAUGGCAAAUUCUCAGAAUAAGAAAAGGAAAACAUUAUGUAGAUUGUGCAUAAUUAUUAAGCUUAAAAUAAUUUAACUGAUUAGCAAUUGAAGGAUUGCAUUGAAUUAAAAACUUUAGGGCACUCAAAGAUUUGA